AUGGAACCAGAAGUCUCCUACAAUAGGACUGCCAUUGUCAUAGGCGUACAUCCCUGCUAUGAGAUCAAUGAUUUCAAUUAUAUUAUGACAAAACACCCUUCCAUUUUAUGUGUUUUAUUAUUUAUUUUCCUUGUAUUAUUGUCUGUUGUCACAGUGUGUGGGAACCUUCUGGUUAUUAUCUCUGUCAUUUACUUCACACAGCUGCACACUCCUACAAACUAUCUUAUUCUCUCUGUGGCUGUUGCUGACCUUCUUGUGGGCAUUAUAGUCUUUCCUCUAAGCAUGGCGUUUUCUCUGAGCUCAUGUCUGUAUCAUGAGGAUUUAUUUUGCAAAGUACGAAGCAGUUUUGAUGUGACACUUAGUACAUGUUCUAUUCUGAACCUGUGUUGUAUUUCCAUUGAUAGAUAUUAUGCAGUGUGUCAGCCCCUGCUGUACAAAACUAAAGUCAACCAUCGUACUGCUGUGAUCAUGAUCCUGGUCAGCUGGGGGGGUUCUGCUCUGAUUGGGAUUGGUAUCUUAAUUGCUGGAUUGAACAAUGAAAAAUGUGUUGAAAGAUGUUUAAUAGAUGCUCUUACUGAAAACAUCAUUGGUCCUAUUUUAUCAUUUUACUUCCCAGUGAUCAUUAUGCUCUGCAUCUACCUCAAGAUUUUCCUCGUGGCACAGAAACAGGCUCGCAGAAUCCAGAUCAAACCCAGCCAGAGCACAAAGUCUGGAGUAACUAUCAGUAAGAUGGAAAGAAAGGCCACCAAAACUCUUGCUAUUGUUUUGGGAGUUUUUCUCUUAUGUUGGACUCCUUUCUUUCUCUGCAUCACCUUCUCACCUUUAAGUGAUAACUCAGUUCCAGUCCCUGUCAUUGAAACACUUAACUGGCUUACACUGUUAAAUUCAAUGCUUAAUCCUUUUAUUUACGCUUUCUUUUACAGCUGGUUCAGAUCAGCUUUCACUAUUAUAAUUUCUGGAAAAAUAUUUCGAGGUGAUUUCACAAACACAAGACUGCUAAAAUAG